UUGGUUUGAUUCAUCUGGUUCUGGACCUGAAGUUAUCAGGUACAUGUAGUGUAGUAAAAAGUACACGGUCUGUCUCUGACAUGUGGUGAAGUCACAGAAUGAAGUAGCAGGAAAUAGAAAUACUCAAGUGAAGUACCUCACAUUUGUACUUCAGUACAGUACUUGAGCCAGUGUACCUAGCUCCCACCUCUGGUUGUGGACAGGGGGCUGAUGCUUUAUGUUAACGAGGGUCCUCACAGAGACACAGUUACGCAGUUGCGUGAGGCCUGCAGCAGUUCUCUUUCUUGCAGCUGUUUUAUCGAUACCUCGGCUCAACUUCCUGGUUCUUUAUACUAGAGUCUUGUGCGUGGGCGCGCGCACACACGCUCCCCAUACACACUGACAGAGCAGAGGGAGGGAGCGCACAGCGCACAGCCGUGUUGUGUGGCCACUUUAACCUCCCGGACGCGCCUUCAGAGGAUUUCUGAACUACUCCAUGAUAUGUCCUGUAACACGUCAGGGUCCAUCAGCUGUUUGUCCGACUUUGUGCGCUCAUGUUUUUCACCUCCGAACUUCUUCAGAGCUGUGCUGCCAUGCAGAACCCGGCAGUGACUCCGUGAAAGCCGCCAGUGAGCAGGGGACUCUGCAGGUUGAAUCUAAGGAGCGUUUCCUCUCGUCUGUCUGCUGCAGGUCAGGUACAGACUGAACUUUGGGUCUCUCUCUGCCUCUGAAGCUUUCUCCUAGCUGAGAAAGUUUUCCUUCCUCUCUACAUGUGCGCUGUUCUCGCUGCUGGAGGAGCGUGAAUCGGCUGCACGAUGUCGGACUCUGCCUCCAGUUUCCUUCACAUCGGGGAUAUCGUGUCCCUGUACGCCGAGGGGACAGUCAACGGCUUCAUCAGCACCUUGGGGUUGGUAGAUGACCGAUGUGUGGUCGAACCAGGUGCUGGAGAUUUGGAGAAUCCUCCAAAGAAGUUCAGAGACUGCCUGUUUAAGGUGUGUCCAAUGAGUCGGUACUCGGCUCAGAAACAGUACUGGAAAACCAAACAAGCCAAACAUGAGAAAGACAAGAUCGCCGACGUGGUUCUGCUGCAGAAACUACAGCAUGCGUCCAACCUGGAGCAGAAGCAGAACGAGACAGAAAACAGGAAAGUCCACGGAGACAUUGUCAAAUAUGGAACUGUUAUCCAGUUGCUUCAUAUGAAGAGUAAUAAAUACCUGACGGUGAACAAGCGCCUGCCGGCUCUGCUGGAGAAGAACGCCAUGAGGGUCACUCUGGAUGGGACGGGAAACGAAGGCUCCUGGCUCUUCAUCCAGCCCUUCUGGAAGCUCCGCGCCAACGGAGACAACGUGGUGGUGGGAGAUAAAGUCAUCCUGAACCCGGUAAACGCUGGUCAGCCGCUUCACGCUUCAAACUACGAACUGACUGACCAUCCAGGCUGCAAGGAGGUGAACUCUGUGAACUGCAACACCAGCUGGAAGAUCAACCUGUUCAUGAUGUUCAGUGACCACAGAGAGGAAGUCCUGAAAGGAGGCGACGUGGUGCGUUUGUUUCAUGCUGAGCAGGAAAAGUUUCUAACCUGUGACGAGUACAAGAGCAAACUCCAUGUCUUCCUCCGAACCACGCUGCGGCAGUCUGCGACUUCGGCGACCAGCUCCAACGCUCUGUGGGAGGUCGAGGUUGUCCAUCACGACCCGUGUCGUGGGGGGGCAGGACACUGGAACAGCCUGUACCGCUUCAAACACCUGGCCACUGGCAACUACCUGGCUGCUGAGGAGAACCCGGGCUACAAAGGAGACAGUACAGAGCUGUCCUCGGUGGAGGGUAUUCGUGGCAACAAGCGGUCCCACAGUGAGCGGAUCAAGUACAAGCUGGUAGCAGUGCUUCAUGGGAACGACAUCGCCUCGCUGUUCGAGCUGGACCCCACAACGCUGCAGAAGACAGACUCAUUCGUGCCACGAAACUCAUACGUACGACUGAGACAUCUGUGCACCAACACCUGGAUCCAGAGCACCAACGUCCCCAUUGACAUAGACAGUGAGAGGCCCAUCAGACUCAUGGUGGGAACAUGUCCCACUAAAGAGGAUAAGGAGGCGUUCGCCAUCGUCUCAGUUCCUGUCAUGGAGAUCAGAGAUCUGGACUUCGCCAACGAUGCCAGCGCCAUGUUGAGCACCGUGGUAGACCAGUUUAACCAGGGCUUCAUCAGCCAAAAUGACCGCCGGUUUGCAAUUAAGCUGCUGGAGGACUUGGUUUUCUUUGUGGCCGAUGUCAUCAACAGCGGUCAGCCAGUCCUGGAUGUAGCCAUGACCAAACCCAACCGUGAGAGACAGAAACUGAUGAGAGAACAGAACAUCCUCAAACAGAUCUUUGGCAUCCUGAAGGCUCCUUUUAAAGACCGGGGGGGUGGAGAGGGUCCUCUGCUGUGUCUGGAGGAGCUGGCCGACCAGAAGAAUGCUCCCUACCAGUACAUGCUCCGCCUUUGCUACAGAGUCCUCCGACACUCCCAGGAGGACUACCGAAAGAACCAGGAGGACAUAGCCAAACACUUCGGAGUGAUGCAGAGUCAGAUCGGUUAUGAUAUCCUGGCUGAAGACACCAUCACUGCCCUGCUGCACAACAACCGCAAACUGCUGGAGAAACACAUCACCAAGACCGAGGUGGAGACCUUUGUCAGCCUGGUCCGCAAGAACCGAGAGCCCAGGUUUCUGGACUACCUGUCAGACCUGUGUGUAUCCAACAACGUGGCCAUCCCUGUCACUCAGGAGCUCAUCUGUAAAUGUGUGCUGGACCCCAAAAACCAGGACAUCCUCAUCAAGACAGAACGCCGUAUCCCAAAAGAGCCGCACCAUGAUGCUGUUUCACCAGAAUACAUGGAGGACUACACAGAAGAGGAUGAGGUGUGGCUGGUGUGGACAGACAAGACCAACGAGAGACAGGAGAAGAGCAUCAGACAGCUGGCUCAGGAGGCGAGACAAGGAAAUGCUCAUGAUGAGAACGUCCUAACCUACUACAGGUACCAGCUGAAGCUCUUUGCCCGGAUGUGUUUGGACCGUCAGUAUCUGGCCAUAGACGAGAUCUCCAAGCAGCUGGACGUGGAGCUCAUCUUCCUGUGCAUGAUGGAUGAGACGCUACCCUUUGACAUCCGGGCCUCCUUCUGUCGCCUCAUGCUCCACACGCACGUAGACCGAGAUCCUCAGGAGCUGGUGACCCCCGUCAUGUUUGCUCGCCUCUGGACCGAGAUUCCCACCUCUAUCACCAUCAAAGAUUAUGACUCCAACAUGGACAACAGCAGAGACAACAAGAAGAACCGCUUCUCCAACACCAUGGCGUUCAUGGAGGAGUAUCUCAACAACGUUCUGAAUGAAGACCUGCCGUUCCACAAUGAGGAGAAAAACAAACUCACAUAUGAGGUGGUGAGCUUGGCCAGACAUUUGAUCUACUUUGGUUUCUAUAGCUUCUUUGAGCUGCUCAGACUCACCAGGACCCUGCUUGGCAUCAUCGACUGUAGAUCUAGUCCUGUACACACUGGGAUGUUAUUUCACGAGGACGGAUCAGGGAAGAACGUGAAGCGCUCCAUACAUGGGAUGGGCCAAAUGAUGUCCACCAUGGUCCUCAAUAGGAAGCAGUCCAUAUUUGGAGGGCCAGGUGCCAGAGUGGCGGGGCUUGCGCUCGAAUGCCAGAGAAGCAGCAAAGAGAGUAUCGACAAGAUGGACCUGACAGUGAUGGACACCAAGCUGAAGAUACUGGAGAUAUUACAGUUCAUCCUGAACGUUCGUCUGGACUACCGCCUCUCCUUCCUGCUAUCUGUGUUUAAGAAGGAGUUUGUGGAUGUGUAUCCCAUGGCUGAUGCUGAUGCCACCACUAGCACAGAGCAAACAGCCACCAUCAACCUGCAGCACAUUGGAGAGCAGGCAGAGGCCAUGUUUGGAGUUGGUAAGGGGAACAGCAUCCUGGAGGUGGAUGAUGAAGGUGGUCGCAUGUUCCUGCGGGUGCUGAUCCACCUCACCAUGCACAACUAUGCCCCUCUGGUGUCUGGAGCUCUGCAGCUGCUCUUCAGACACUUCAGCCAGAGACAGGAAGUGAUGCACACCUUCAAGCAGGUCCAGCUGCUGAUCUCAGCUCAGGAUGUGGAGAACUACAAGCUGAUCAAGGCUGAUCUGGAUCGCCUCCGGACACUGGUGGAGAAGUCUGAGCUGUGGGUGGAGAAGAAGGGCUCGGGAGGAGGGGAUGUGAAGGACACAAAGGGCAAGGAGAAAGGAGAGGGGGCAUCAGAAGGACCAGCGCCCAAGAAGGAGAACCUGGCUAAGGGCAAUGAGAACUACCAGAAAGUCAAAGAGAUCCUGGAGAGGUUGAAUAAGAUGUGCAGCAGUGGAGUUUGGAAGAAGCAGCAGAGGUUAUUGAAGAACAUGGGAGCUCAUAAAGUCAUGCUGGACCUGCUGCAGGUGUCCUACGAUAAGAAUGAUGUGAAGAUGCAGGAGAUCAUUAGGAACACUCAUCUGUUCCUGCAGAAGUUCUGUAUGGGGAACCAGGAGAACCAGGCUCUGCUGCACAAGAACCUCAACCUCUUCCUCACCCCUGGGCUGUUGGAGGCGGAGACAGUGCAGCACAUCUUCAGUAAUAACUACCAGCUGUGCAGUGAGAUCUCAGAGAGCGUCCUGCAGCACUUCAUCCACUGUCUGGCCACGCACGGCCGCCACGUCCAGUACCUCAACUUCCUCCACACCAUCAUCAAGGCCGAGGGCAAGUACGUGAAGAAGUGUCAGGACAUGAUCAUGACCGAGUUAACGAAUGCAGGGGAGGAUGUAGUCGUCUUCUACAAUGAUAAGACCUCUUUCAACACCAUGUUGGAGCUGAUGGCAGAGAGCAGGGAGGGAAUCAGCGAGAGCAGCCCGCUCAGGUAUCACAUCUCUCUGGUGGAGCUGCUGUCAGCCUGUGCAGAGGGGAAGAACGUCUACACGGAGAUCAAAUGCACCUCACUGCUGCCUCUGGAGGACGUGGUCCGGGUGGUGACACACGACGACUGCAUCACCGAGGUGAAGAUUGCCUAUGUGAACUUUGUGAAUCACUGCUAUGUGGACACAGAGGUGGAGAUGAAGGAAAUCUACACGUCUAACCACAUCUGGCAUCUAUUUGAAGACUUCACGGUGGACAUGGCCCGGGUUUGUAAUAAACGCGAGCAGCGUCUUACUGAUCCCGUCUUGGAGAAGUACAUCAUCAACGUGGUCUUCGACACCAUCAAGUCCUUCUUCAGCUCCCCGUUCUCUGAGAACAGCACUUCCCUGCAGACUCAUCACACCAUCGUCACUCAGCUGCUCCAGUCCUCUGUCAGGUUGUUGGACUGUCCCUGGCUGCAGCAGCAGCACCGAGCACAGGUAGAGGCCUGCAUCAAGACCCUCGCCAAGACAGCCAAGAGUCUCUCUAUCUUGCUUCCUCUGGACCUGGAGGCUCAGCUCAGCUCCUUGUUGUCCAGCUCUGCUGUCAACUCUCUGUCCCGCUCCAACCCGAACUACAAAUCCUCCAUCCGCUCCUCCAGACCCAUCGCUCCCAGCAACCCCUGGGACUACAAGAACAUCAUAGAGAAACUACAGGACAUCAUCAACACUCUGGAGGAGCGUCUAAAGCCGCUGGUGAACGCCGAGCUGUCCGUGUUGGUGGACGUCCUCCAUCAGCCCGAGCUGCUCUUCAUGGAGGGAACCGAAGUCCGCCAGCGCUGUGAGUCCGGAGGAUUCAUCUCCAAGUUGAUCCAGCACACCAAAGCGCUGAUAUCUGCUGAGGAGAAGUUGUGCAUCAAAGUGCUGAGGACACUGCAGGAGAUGCUGAUCAGGACGCUGGACUUGGACGACAAGGGAAUUGCGCUGCGGAAAGUUUUACUGCAGAACUACUUGUUUCCCAACAAGAAGAACAGCACAAAGAACGACCUGGCUGAGUUCGGAGCUGCAAGCGGGGACCAGGAGCGGGACUGGGCGGCAGUGGUGGCGGUUCAGUGCCGUCUGGACAGAGAAGGAGGAACAAAACUGUUCACAGAUCUGGUGAUGAGCACCAAGAAUGACAAGAUCUUCCAGGAGAGUAUCCAGCUGGCCAUCUGUCUGCUGGAGGGAGGAAACACUGAGAUACAGAAUUCCUUCUAUAAACUGAUGAAGGGUGACAACAAGUCUGAGAAGUUCUUUAAGGUUCUCCACGACAGGAUGAAAGAAGCUCAGACCGACAUAAAAGCGACCGUGUCUGUUAAUGUUGGAGAGAUGACGCACCAGGCCAGCGAGAAGGAGCUGGACAACGCACUUCCUGAUUCCAGAGGUCACCCAUUACUGGUGCAGGGCCAGUCUGUGGCCUCCGCCCCCCCAGCUCAGCCGGUGGCAGAGCAGAAGGAGAUGGAGACAGAGAUGGGACCAGCUGUUAUGAUCAUGAAGCCCAUCCUGAGGUUCCUGCAGCUGCUCUGUGAGAAUCACAACCAUGACCUGCAGAACUUUCUGCGAUGCCAGAACAACAAGACCAACUACAACCUGGUGUGUGAGACACUUCAAUUCCUGGACAUCAUGUGCGGGAGCACCACUGGAGGUCUGGGCCUGCUGGGCCUCUACAUCAAUGAAUCAAACGUCCACCUGAUCACCCAGACCCUGGAGACGCUCACAGAGUACUGCCAGGGCCCCUGCCAGGAGAACCAGACAUGUAUCGUGACACAUGAGUCCAAUGGCAUCGACAUCAUCACAGCUCUGAUCCUGAAUGACAUCAGUCCAUUGUGUCGUUACCGGAUGGAGAUGGUGCUGCAGCUGAAGGACAACGCCUCCAAGCUGCUGUUGGCCCUGAUGGAGAGUCGGCACGACAGCGAGAACGCAGAGAGGAUCCUGUUCAGCCUGCGACCACGAGAGCUGAUGGAGGUGAUAAAGAAGGCCUACCAUCAGGAGAGCGAGUGCAAGGGGCUGGAGGUUUCCCCCCGGGAGGUGGGACACAACAUUUACAUCCUGGCUCAGCAGUUGGCCCGACACAACAGAGCCCUGCAGCACCUCCUGAAAACUCCUAAGAAAAGUAUUGAGGGAGAGGAGGGGAUCUCCUCCAUGCUGAACCUGAACAACCGCCCUCUGUCCCAGAUGUUAAAGUCCACGGCACCAGCAGCUGUGGUGGAACAGGAUCCUCUGGAGUACUACGACCAGCUGACCUCUCAGAUAGAGAUUGUGCGCGAGGACCGCAGCAUGGAGCAGAUUGUGUUCCCUGUUCAUACCAUCUGCAAGUUUCUGACAGAGGAGUCAAAGUUCAGAGUGUUCAACACCACCGAGCAGGACGAGCAGGGGUCAAAGGUCACACACUUCUUUGAACAGACCUCCUUCCUGCACGGAGAGAUGGAGUGGCAGAAGAAGCUCAGGAGUAUGCCGGUGUUGUACUGGUUCUCCAGGAGGAUGACUCUAUGGGGAAGCAUCUCCUUUAACCUCGCCGUCUUCAUCAACCUCAUCAUCGCCUUCUUCUACCCCUAUGACUCAGGACAAGGUGCGAUUGACAGCUCCAUGCUGCUGAUGCUGUUCUGGAUCCUGACAGGUCUGUCGGUGCUCGGCCUGUUCUCUAAGCGUUACGGCCUCCAGCCGCUCACUCUGGCGCUGAUCCUCAGGUCCAUCUACCACCUGGGCAUUGGCAACACCCUCAUCCUGCUGGGAUCGCUAAAUCUCCUCAAUAAGGUGGUAUUUGUGGUGAGUUUUGUGGGGAACAACGGGACUUUUAUUAUGGGAUACAAGGCCAUGGUGAUGGACGUGGAGUUCCUCUACCACCUGGCCUAUGUCCUGACCUCCACCCUGGGGCUGUUUGUGCACGAGCUCUUCUACAGCAUUCUGCUGUUUGACCUGAUCUACCGGGAGGAGACUCUGUUUAAUGUGAUCAAGAGCGUGACUCGGAACGGCCGCUCCAUCCUGCUGACAGCGCUGCUCGCUCUCAUCCUCGUCUACCUCUUCUCCAUCGUCGGCUUCCUCUGCCUCUUCAGAGUGGAGGUUGCCCCGCUGCUGCCGAUCGCUGCAGCUCCUCAGAGUGAAGCCUCUCAGGAUUUCCUCAGGUCGUGCUCUGCGGAAGGCAUGAACUGCGCCGCCGAUGGCGACGCUGUGACUGAAGAUGAGGAGCCCAGCUCAGAGCGGGCCUGUGACACCCUGCUGAUGUGUAUCGUCACGGUACUGAACCACGGACUGAGGAACGGAGGAGGAGUCGGAGACGUUCUCCGCAAACCAUCCAAGAACGAGCCGCUGUUUCCCGCCCGUGUGGUAUACGACCUGUUGUUCUUCUUCAUCGUCAUCAUCAUCGUCCUCAACUUGAUCUUCGGCGUCAUCAUCGACACGUUUGCUGACCUGAGGAGUGAGAAACAGAAGAAAGAGGAGAUCCUGAAGACCACGUGUUUUAUCUGUGGUCUGGAGAGAGACAAGUUUGACAACAAGACGGUAUCGUUUGAAGAGCACAUCAAGAUGGAGCACAACAUCUGGAACUACCUGUACUUCAUCGUUCUGGUGCGCGAGAAGAACAAGACGGACUACACCGGCCCUGAGAGCUACGUUGCACACAUGAUCAAGAACAACAACCUGGACUGGUUUCCACGGAUGCAGGCGAUGUCUCUGGUGGUAACUGAUGGUGAUGGGGAGCAGAAUGAGAUGAGGAUGCUGCAGGACAAACUGGCAGUGACCAUGAAGGUGGUGACAACUCUGACCAUGCAGCUGAACGAACUGAAAGAACAGAUGACAGAGCAGAGGAAGAGGAGGCAGAGGAUGGGAUUCGCUGACGCCCAGGCAGGAGGAACCCCCGCGCUACCUCCCAGUGCCGCAGGAGGAAACCACCAGAUCUGCAAAACAUAGAGCGAGAUUGCUGAUUACUAGACAUGCGACGCACAUGGAUGGACUGCUCACUGAACGAUCACAUCUGUGCACCAUGCAGCGGGACAGUUCAAAGAAAAAACACUAAAAUACAGCAAACCUGUUGCUAAAGCCACAAGAGAUGGUUGGUUGUUCUACUGUCCUAAUGCUGGACUGAUGGACAGCGUACUAUAUAAAAAGAAGACGCUGUUAAUGUCACAGCUAAGUUGAGUUUAAGUUAAAUAUUUUGCUGUGAAGUGUGUACAAUAGACAUUUGCUUCUAAAACCAUGAGAAGUGUGCUGAAAAGGACAAGUAUUUAAUACUGUAGAAAGAAUAUCAGCUCUCAUCCUCAGCCAUGCCUGUUUAAAGUGGAACUGAUUGGCUUAGCGUUGAGUUUACUAAGCUAAAAUCUGCAUCUGAUAUUUCCUGGCCGAAGUUUUGUUCAGAUUAACUGAACUUGACCUCAGCUCAGACUAGACAAUUCUGGACCAAGUUAGUUUGGACUCUUCCCUCUACAGAGUCCAGCUAAUAUGUCUUUUAUCGAAGCUAUCAAUCCUCAGAAGUCAGUGAAAGUUCUGCCUGAACAUCAACAAACACUUUUGAUAUUCACAAAGUUUGCUUCUGUAAGUAAUUACCAGUUGUCAGCGCCAUGACUAACCCAAAUACUCCACACUACAGUCCAAUAUUUAAGUUAAACUCCAAACGAAAGCCGUAUGACUAAACUGGAAGAUGUGGAGAUGGCAGGAUCACGAGCUUCCUGACUACAGGACAACAAACUAUGAUUCUCUGUUCGGUGUCCCAAAAAAGCUGUGCUAUGUGUGUGUUGGUGAACCAGGCAGCAACUCACUCCAGUCAUCUAAGAACAUGUAACUAGCAAGAACCUGCAGCUUUUAUUUGCUGACAGAAUGAAUGAAUUCAGUUGCAUCUGUUUGAAAGGAGAGUGAGUUGAACCCAGAUGUUUUUGUUGUUACAGUUAAUAGUGAUAUAUUUAUAGAAACGUUUUUUUAAACAGACACUGGAUCACAUGAGCCGCUUUUUGCAAACUGUAAAGUUUGUGAAAAGAAAAUGUUUUUUCUCUAAAGACAGAUGGGUACAAACAGCAAGGAGGAGGAUGGUGUGAUGAAGACAACAUAUUCAAAAACAAAAUACUUCAUAUGAAGAACAGACAGUAUGUUGGUUUUUGGGGUUUUAGUGAAAUGUAUUUAAAGUUACAAAUGCAAAUGGUAGGAGUUCAGUGGUCACGUUUACAGUUAGUAGAUUUACUGAGAUCUAAACAUCUAAUGCUGUGGGUUUUCUAUAAAUCAGAGGAUGUUUGACUGUUUGUUUUUUAAUUAACAAGCCCGUGUUAAUAAAGAAGAAAUCAUCACAUUAGAGCCUAAAAGAAACAGAGGCUUGUUGAAAGAAAAAUCAUUUUCCUACUGAAUAAAUGAAUAAAAC